GGUUUGUCUAAAUUAACAAGAGUAUUUAUUCUACUUUAAAAAGAUAAUUUCUUACGUUUUAAUACCUCGUUGAAUUAAAAUUAUUUUAAAAAAUCAUCAUAAAAAAAGCCGGCGCACUCAAAAGCGCGAAGUUGUUUACAAUAUAACGAGUCAGUAUCGUGCAAAUAUCGGAUCGGUCGCCAUUUGCGCCACGGAGGCUUCCAAAUCGGUCUUGUGUGCAGUGAAAUUAUAGGUUAUAGUUUAAGUUAAUUAAUCAACUAUCAGUGCAAGAAAACCGAAGGAAAUAUACAAAAACACAUCAAUAGACUGUUUUAUAAAGAAAGGAGGAUAAAAUUCGUGAUAUGAUUGUACGGUGUCCCAGAUAUGAAGAUUGAAGAUAGGCUAAAGAAUAUUAUAACAGUGCCUAAAUUACAAAGUAAAAUAUAAAUCUAUCGUAUUUAGUAUAUGGAUAGAAGAUAUAUAUAGUUACGGUAUAUAAGAAUGAAAAUUCCCGAGACGUCGGCAAAUAUUGGUGCAUAUUAUGGCAAUGAGGACAACAUUCAGUGGCAGCCCAACGGUGUUAUAAUUGACAACGGUGUUGGUGGUGGUGUGGUCGGCAGUGGGGACGCGGGCGUGCAUCGUCCCCCAGUCUAUCCCGUGCAUAUACAGAGGGGGCAUAUUCCAGGCUACGUGAUGGCGGAGGCAUACUACCCCGCGUACCCGGCGCCCCCUGCGCACCCUCCUCACCCCGCGGCGCCUGACGACUUCGCUGAUUACAUGUGGAUGGAGAAUGAAGAGGAGUUCGAUAAACAGGUUAUGCAGCAGUUGGAAGAGGAGGCUCUGAUGGAGCAGUGCAUAGAGGCGAUGUUGGAGGAUGAACAGAGAGAGCGACAAAGGCCUGUCGCUAAUGGACAUAAUCAUUUCCCUACUACAAGUAACGGUCAACCAAUUUGUUCAUUAGAAGAAGCCGUUUCAAGAUCUACCCUCAAUCCGUUAGCUGCGGAAUUUGUACCAACGAGGGUUGCACCCCCUCCACCCCCAGCCGAAGAAAAAGCAGAUAAUAACACGGAAGAGAAACCAGCAGAAGAACUAAAGAGUCCAAAAGAAGUCACACCCCAGACGGAAGUAAUCGAGAGUAAAGAAAUUGUUGAAGAGAAGAAAACGGAAGUAACACCAGAACAGAGUGAAACACCAGAAGUGAGCGCAGCAGAUGUCCAACCGAUAGAGAAGAAGAAGGAUGUAAAGAAGGAACAGAAGAAGGUUGUGAAGCAGGAUGUGAAAGUUAAACCGAUAGCUGUGAAGUCUGAGACUAAAGUGCAGAAGAAGAAGGAAGUUAAAAGUGUUAAAAGUGAGACUAGAGUGGAAGAGAAGGUGGAAGAUGUUGUUGUGGUGGAGAUUACUAAGCAAUCCCCACCACCGAUUACAGAAGAAGCGCAAUCAGGUAUAAAACCGAUUAAUUACGCGGCCGCCGCGAAAGCGAAUAAACCCAAAAAAUCCACAACACCACCGAUAAUCGAGAAAAUCGUCAAAGAAAAACCUAAACCGAUUGAAAAAACGGAAAAAAAGGAAAAAACGCCCAUAAAAGAUGUCAAACCGAAGACGGAAAAAGCAACCGUGCAUAGAAAAAAUUCAACCAAGUGAUGGUAAUGUACAAAAUUACAAAAAAAAACUACCAUUUUUUGCCGUUUUUUUCGGACAGUACGCGUUUUUUUUCAAUUUUUUGUUUUUUUAUUUCUAAUUAGUGUGUAAAGUUGUGAUAUCCAUCAUAAAUUAGCAUUUUUUUUGCGUUUGGGAAGAAAAAAAAUAUAAAAAAAUAUAUGCAGUGUAAAAAAUUAUGUGAAUAUAUGAUAAGAAUAUAAAAUUAGUGUUAAAUAUAUUAUAGUUUUUAUCCCAUUUGGAGGACAGUACGCUAGUUUACAAAAUGACGGACGUCAGAUUAGAUUUUAAGUGAUUACAAUGCAAAAUUAAUGAAAAAAAAAAUUUUUUUUUGACAUUUAAAAUAUAACCUUAAAAAAUCAUUCAAUAUUCUGUCGUUGACACUUUUGUGGGUAGAUAGAAAUAUCUCCUUUUUAUGUUUAAUCCAUAUUUAAUCAUAUAAAACAAUUUUGUGGGUAGACGUAAAUAAUAUGAAGUUUUAAGAUUUCAUUUCUCUAAUGUAUACAUUUUCAUAUAAAUACCAUAUUAAUAUAGUAAAUUACGAUUUUUGACGAUACUGACAUCAACACUGAUCUCUAAUAGACAGGCUAUAGUCUUUUGUGCCUAUUUUAGUAAUUAAAAAACUCUAAAACUAACAAUAUAUACAAUUAUCAAUACAAAAUAAUUAAAAAUAUUAAUACAGUGAAGCCCGGUUUUAGUAUUACGCCCUGGGCAAAAUUUCUACAACGCCCUUUACUUAAAAAACCCGCUAUUAACAUUAUGUCCUUGGUGAUAUAUCUACAACGCCUUUACAAUAAAAACAUACUCGGUGAUAACAUUACGCCCUGGGCAACAUUUCAACAACGCCCUUAAUACCCAUACAAAACAAAGUCGCCCUUUAUAUCAGCCGC